AUGGCUUCCUAUCAAAACAUUUCUGAUGACGUUCGCAAGACUGCUGAUGAAUAUGGGAACCCAGUUGGCCAAAGAGACGAGUAUGGAAAUCCCACCGGCCAGCGCACUGGCACCACUGACGGUGGAUAUGGUAGUGCUGGUGUUGGCUAUGGGACCGCCACAACUGGAGCUGGACAGUAUGGUGGCGCACCAGUGUCAGCUGGCACUGGUAUCGGGACCGGCGGGGAAUAUAACAAGGAGCAACAGGGCAAGCUUCAUCGCUCCGGAAGCGCUGGCUCUAGCUCCUCCGAGGAUGAUGGCCAAGGUGGGAGGAGGAAGAAGGGGAUAAAGGAGAAGCUGACAGGUACAGGGUACGAAAAUGAUCCUUCUAAUGUCACUUCUACCGCACCAGGUGGUUAUUCUUCUGCUGAGCAGACUCAUGAGAAGAAAGGGAUAAUAGACAAGAUUAAGGAGAAGCUUCCUGGAAGCCAUGGCGAUGAGCAGAAGUGUAAAGAUACUUGUCAUGUAUAUGUACAAGAGACUGUCUUGAACCCAGGAGUUCAAUGUUUACAGAGCUCUCUAAGAGAUGAACUAAGGGUUCCAGAAUUCCAAGAAUGA